AUGGCCAAGAGUAAAUCAGUAGCUUCAUCGCCCCGGCUGGAUUUUUCCAGCGGUUGGGCAUAUUCACCCGCGCCCGAAAGUACCGAUCACAUCAAACUGGCAGAGCGAUAUCGCCACUUUAUCGGUGGCAAGUUUAUCGCGCCAAGUAGCGGUCGCUACUUCGCCAGUAUCAACCCGGCCACUGAGAAGCCUCUGGCCAAGGUUGCUCAGGGUAACAAGCAGGACGUAGACAAAGCAGUUCGAGCGGCGCGCCGCGCCUACGACAAGGUCUGGUCGAAGAUAUCCCCAGCCGAGCGCGGCCGAUAUUUGUUUCGAAUUGCUCGAAUCAUUCAGGAGCGGGCUCGAGAGUUUUCAGUCAUUGAGUCGUUGGACGGGGGGAAACCGAUCCGCGAGUCCAGAGACAUCGAUAUCCCACUGGUGGCCGCACAUUUUUUCUACAACGCGGGCUGGGCCGACAAGCUCGACUACGCAUUUCCGGCCCGGCAAGCACAGUCGCUGGGCGUUGUCGGUCAGAUCAUCCCGUGGAACUUCCCAUUGCUAAUGGCCGCCUGGAAAAUUGCUCCAGCACUGGCCUGCGGCAACACUGUCGUUCUAAAACCGGCGGAAACAACGCCGUUGACGGCUAUGAAACUGGCCGAAGUGAUGCAGGAUGCCGGGCUGCCCGAUGGUGUGGUUAAUAUAGUGACGGGCGCCGGUGAGACAGGCCAGGCAUUGGUGUCACAUUCUGAUAUCGACAAGAUUGCGUUUACAGGUUCGACCGGCGUUGGUAAGCAAAUUCAACGUGAACUUGCCGGUAGUGGCAAGAAGUACACGCUGGAGUUGGGGGCAAAGCGGCAUAUCGUGUUCGCGGAUGCGGCUAUUGAUCAGGCUGUCGAGGGAAUUGUCAAUGGCAUAUUUUUCAAUCAGGGGCAUGUCUGCUGCGCUGGUAGCCGUUUAUUAGUUCAGGAGUCAGUUGCCGAACAGUUCAUCGAAAAACUAAAAGAUCGGAUGGAGACUCUGAUUGUUGGCGAUCCGCUAGACAAAAACACCGACAUCGGCGCGAUUAACUCGAAAGAACAACUUGCACGGGUCAACCACUACUUGGACAUCGGCCAUGAGGAAGGCGCCGAGGUUUAUCAGUCCUCGUGCCAGCUGCCGAAAAAAGGUUAUUGGUGCCGCCCGACUCUGUUCACGGGCGUUGCUCAAUCUAACCGGGUAGUGCAGGAAGAGAUCUUUGGCCCGGUCCUCGCAGUCCAAACUUUCCGGACCGUUGACGAGGCGAUCAGUAAGGCGAACAACACGCCCUAUGGUCUGUCCGGCGGCGUCUGGACUGAUAAGGGUGCCAAGAUAUUCCGGGUCACUCAGGCCGUCAGGGCCGGGGUCGUGUGGGCUAACACAUUUAACAAAUUUGACCCAACCUCGCCGUUCGGCGGUUACAAGGAAAGUGGUGUGGGCAGGGAAGGGCUCCCCGUCGCUAAGACCUACAAGCUGUAUAUCAAUGGAAAGUUUCCACGGACUGAGUCUGGUCGCUACUUUGCGCUGACCAAGCGCGGGCGGGUGAUCGCCAACGUUUGUCAGGGCAGCCGCAAAGACUUUCGAGAAGCGGUUGUCAGUGCCCGGGCUGCGCAGAAGUCCUGGGCCGGUACCAGCGCCUACCUGAAAGGGCAAAUACUGUAUCGAGUGGCAGAAAUGCUGGAAGGUCGUCGCCAACAGUUUGUGGACGAGUUAGUGGUGCAGGGUCUGCAAGAAGCCAAGGCCCUGGCUGAGGUAGAGCAUUCAAUUGAAGCGCUGGUUCACUACGCUGGCUGGACGGACAAAUACCAGCAGCUGUUCAGCAGCGUCAAUCCGGUUGCAUCGUCACACUUUAAUUUUUCGGUGCCCGAGCCGACUGGCAUUGUUGUGGUGAUGGCCCCGCAGCGCAGCGGUUUACUGGGCCUGGUAGCUGCUAUUGCCCAGGCCAUUGUUGGUGGCAAUACUGUUGCUGUGUUGGCGUCCGACUUGUUGCCGCUAUGCGCCAUUAGUUUCGCCGAGGUACUGCACUCCUCUGAUGUGCCUGCUGGCGUGGUCAACAUACUUACUGGUUACGCUGAUGAGCUGCAG